AUGGUCCAAAAAUUCUAUGUCACUUACAACCAGGUGCACAAGCUGUGCCAGAAGUCGGCCGAUGCCAUCCUCAAGGACUUCCACCCUCACCUGAUGAUCGCCAUUGGUGGCGGUGGUUACGUGCCUGCUCGUAUCCUCCGAUCCUUCCUGAAGCGCCCCGGUGACCCCAACAUCCCCAUCCAGGCUAUCGGUCUGUCCCUCUACGAGGACCUUGGCCGCGGUGACCCCGAGGAGGUUCCCGGCACCAAGGUCACCCGUACUCAGUGGCUCGACAUGAGCUCUCUCGAGAUGGCCAACCUGAUCGGCAAGAACAUUCUCAUUGUCGACGAGGUCGAUGAUACCCGCACCACUCUCGAAUAUGCCGUGAGGGAGCUCGAGAAGGAUGUCCAGCUGGCUCAGAAGCAGCUCGGUCGCGAGGGCGAGAAGACGAACUUCUUCGUCUUUGUUCUGCACAACAAGAACAAGUCGAAGAAGGGCGUCCUGCCCACCGACAUGAUGGAGGGCGGCCGGUAUCACGCCUCUGUCACCACCGACGACGUCUGGAUCUGCUAUCCGUGGGAGGCCAAGGAUAUUGACGAGCACGACGCUCUGGCCAAGGAAAACCCCAUCAUCUAA